AUGAAUCUGGUCAGGAAUUUCAGACCGGUACUGUUUCACAGAUCGAGAUUCUUAGCCAGACCCAUCGUCAACAGAAUGCCAUUGGUUACCAUAUCCUCCUCCAUCAAGGAUGCCCUCAUCCAGAAUGAAAUCAUCCCCACGGUCAUCAAGGAUGAACAAUUCGUGCCUAAGGGUUUGCUGAUCAUAUCAUACGGUGAUGGAAAAGACGUUGUGAUGGGAAACAAGCUGACUCCCGAGAAAACCCAGGAGACACCCAAGAUUUCGUUUGCCCCAAACACAGACGAUUCAGCAGCAAUUGACCCCAAAGAUCGAUUCACGUUGAUUCUGACAGACCCAGAUGCCCCAACCAAGGGCGACAAGACUUGGUCUGAAUACUGCCACUACGUUGUGAAGGAUUUAGAGCCAUCCCACUUCGAUGACCUGUCUUCCAACGGUGUGACGCUGGCCCCUUACAUUGGCCCAGGGCCUCCACCAAAGACCAAGUUCCACAGAUACGUCUUCUUGCUGUAUAAGCAAUUGGGCUCCUCACCCGAGGCUCCAAAGGACAGGCCCAACUGGGGAACUGGUGUUCCAGGUUCAGGCGCAGACGACUACGCCUCCAAGCACGGGUUGGAACUGUGGGCUGUUAACUUUUUCUUCGCACAGAACAAGGACAACUAA